CGUUUGACUAACAUGCGCAUGCGCAUGAUAAGAAACAGGAAGUGAAAUACAGAAUGAUCUGUGUUCGUAUUAGUGAUAUUUUUAUUUCUUUUUAGGGUGUGUUGACUGAAAAUCCAUUUAAAUAAAGGAAUACAAGUGAAAAUCUGAACGUUAUAUGAAUAAAUAAUUAUAUAGAAUGGAUUUGUGUAAAUGUAUACAGCAUUUAUCAGUAUUAUUUACCAUUUUACUUCAUUGCUUGGCAGAGUGUAGAGUGCUAGAUGACUACAUCCGCCAUUAUGAUGUGCUCACGUACGACACACAGGCUGUGCACGACAAUCACAUGAGACACAAACGGUCCAUUGACCCGCAUGUACAGCUGGAGUUUCGGGCCUUUGAUAAGCCGUUGAAGCUGCGGCUGAUAUCAGACAGUGGGGCAGUGUUCCCUCCUGACUUUGUUCUCGAUUUUAACGGAACAGUCGGAAAACCAGAUCUCUCCUUCCUUUACACUGGGGAGGUUUUAGGUGAAACAGGGAGCCAGGUUCAUGGGUCCAUCAUUGAAGGCGUGUUCCAGGGGACCAUCCGUGUGCCCUCUGACCUUGAGACGUACCAUGUGGAAAAGUCCCAUCGGUUCUUCGAGAAUAGGCCUGUCUUCCAUUCAGUCAUAUACAAGGAGAGCGACAUGAACUUAGACCCUUUCAGGGAGAGACGAACUCGCGAGAGACGCGAAGCUCAGGAGCUAGGUACAUGUGGAUAUGCUAAUGCUAUGGAGUGGAUGAAGCAAACCCUUGCAUCAGAAGUAAUCACCCCUAACAGGGCAAAACGGCAUGAUCAUCAGUGGCAAGAAGUCCAUUCCUCGGAAGCUUCAAGCUCAAAGUACUCUGCUAGGGCCAAUGAAAACACAGGCGAUAGGGCGAAACGGGCCGUGGAAUAUGGUUCCCUUAAGCAGGUCAACAAUCUCAAGAACUCCUGCUUCAUGUACCUCAUGUCAGACAAGACCUUAUGGGACAGGCAUAUAACCAAAGCAGGAGGUAAUGAGGAGGUAGCCAAAGAUGAAAUUUUGGCAUUUUUCUUCAGCCAUGUCAAGGCUAUCAAGGAUAUUUAUAGCGUCACCAAAUUUCAGACCUAUAGUGGAGACAUGUUCUAUACGGAUGUGUCUUUUGCUGCUCAGCGAACCAAGAUCAUGACCAAUGCAGACUGUAACGAUGCCACGUUUUCUCGAUUCUGCAAUGAGAACAUUGAUGUCAGCAACUUCCUGAAUAUGAAUUCUCUGCUAAAUCAUGACCAGUUCUGCCUGGCCUACGUGUUCACAUAUCGCGACUUCUCAGGUGGAACUUUAGGCCUGGCAUGGGUUGGCUCGCCUGGAGGUGCUUCGGGUGGUCUUUGCGAAAAAAACAAAGUAUUUAGUGAAGGUGGUCAAAGCGUACGCAAGAGUUUGAAUACCGGAAUAGUCACCACCAUCAACUAUGGAAAGGAAGUGGCCUCCAAGGUGUCCCAACUGACAUUUGCCCAUGAAGUCGGCCAUAAUUUUGGUUCUCCGCACGACUCUGGGGAUGGUUGUGCUCCAUUUGGAACAUCCGCAGCCGAUGCCAAUCAGGGAAACUACAUCAUGUUUGCAAGUGCCACUAUGGGAGACAAGCUUCAUAACAGCCAGUUCUCCACGUGUAGUAGGGAUAACAUCACACGAGUUAUGCGUGCUGUUCUUACGAGUGCCAGUAAAACUAACUGCUUUGAAAAAGAGGAGGGAGCCUUUUGUGGCAAUAACAUUGUGGAGGAAAACGAGAAGUGUGAUUGUGGUUUCUAUGGUGACUGUAAUGACAUAUGCUGCUAUGCAAUGAAUGACCAAUCAGUAACAAAAGACAAAUGGUGCACACUUAAAGGAGCAGCACUAUGCAGCCCAUCGGAAGGCCCAUGCUGUAACAAAAGUACGUGCACGUAUGCUGGUGAGAAUGGUGUAUGUCGGUCAAAACAAGACUGUGCAAGCGAAGCAAAAUGCAAUGGAUUGGGCGCUGCCUGUCCUCCGUCAACCAAGGAACCUAAUGGGAGUUUCUGCAAUGACUAUGGAUUCACCUGCAUAAAUGGGGAGUGUGCAGGGUCCCUGUGCGCGCACUUUGAAUGGGAGGAGUGUUUUACCACCGGACAAACAAAGACCAAGGAAGAGCAGGAACGGCUGUGUAGACUAGGCUGUAAACAACCUUCACAGGCAGGAACAAAUGUGUCUUCACAAUGCAUCACUUCAGACAACCCAGAUAUCAAGGAAACAGGACCGUACUUUAAAUACUACAACAUGUUGAAGAAUAUAACCAUUGGAAAAAAAGGAAAUAUUGCCGAUAUAGCCAAAGGGGUCCAAUUGGCACCAGGUUCUCCGUGCAAUAACUUCCAAGGCUACUGUGACGUUUUCCAUCGUUGCCGUGGUGUAGACGCAGAGGGACCUCUGGCACGGCUCAAGAACCUCAUCUUCAACCCAGAGACUCUGAAGGACAUUGGCAACUGGAUAGUGGAGAAAUGGUGGGCUGUUCUCUUGAUGGCCAUAGGUCUAGUCCUACUGAUGGGCCUGUUCAUAAAGUUCUGUGCUGUCCACACACCAAGCUCCAACCCUAAAGCCAAGCCAGCUCGUAAACUUAGCGAGACGAUGACAUUGCGUCGUAAACAACGUAACCCUAACGCAGCCCGCCAGCCGCAGACUGCGCCAUAUCCAGAGGGAGCCAGAGGUGGUGGUAGAGCUGAUUAUGGAAGUCAGUAUGUGCAUCAGCAGUUGCCCAGAGAGUAUGGGAGUGAUUAUAUUGAUGGGCGGUAUAAUCGUCAACAACGUCCCAGGGAUUAUAGGAGUGAUAAUUAUGAUAGCCGGAGAAAUGAAAAAAGGCAUUUGGCUGCAAAUCAAGUUUCACCCAUGUACACUUUUGAACCCACAGGGCCCGCCCCCUCCAUACCCCGGCAGCAGUACUAGUGCCUCCUCUCGGCAGGGCCCACCCCACGGGCACGGGAAAAAGGGAAAGGCUCGAAAAAGUCACCCCCACAACAUGGAAAUUAUAUAGUGUCUGGCUUAUUUCUACUAUGUAUUUUAUUUCUAUCAGUUUGAAUGAAGAACGCUGUGAGUCUCGGUGAAACAAUAUGUAUUAUUAUUUUCUCCCCUGGAUUUGUGGUUUCAUCAAAAGUAUUGACAAUUGUUUUCCUUUUGUUAAGUUUUAUUGCAUAGAUAAAGCGCAUUUGUCCCAAGCAAUUAUGCACACUCCUGUUUAAUGUGACAUGUGUAACUGGUUGAUGAUAUUUUCUUCUAUGUUUUUUGGAAUUAUUUUUAUCAGAUUAAAUGAUAAAUUUAAGUUUGAUAGAACAACAACUUUCAUUAAAAAGAUACCAAUUAAAUAAUUUCUAAUGAAUGUUUUAGAUGAACUUUAAACUUUUUGAUGUUGGAAUCUUUCAUUAAAAUUAACUCUUUUUCUUUAUCAUGAUCUUCCUUUGGUUAGUUUUAUUUUUAUAGAAAAAAGUGGCUGAAAAAUAAUCACAGAAUAUCGAAAUUGAUCAUUUUUAACCAGGUUUUCCGAAGGAAAAAACUGGUUAUUAGAUUGGCGAAUGCGGGCAGGCUGGCUGGCUGGCUGGCUGGCUGGCUGGCUGGCUGGCUGGCUGGCUGGCGGGCUAGCGGGCUGGCGGGCGGGCGGAACAAGCUUGUCCGGGCCAUAACUAUGUUGUUCAUUGUCAGAUUUUAAAAUCAUUUGGCACAUUUGUUCACCAUCAUUGGACGGUGUGUCCUGCGAAAUAAUUACGUCGAUAUCUUCAAGGUCAAGGUCACACUUUGAGUUCAAAGGUCAAAAAUGGCCAUAAAUUAGCUUGUCCUGGCCAUAACUAUGUCAUUCAUUGUGAGAUUUUAAAAUCAUUUGGCACAUUUGUUCACCAUCAUGGGACGGUGUGUCGCACGAAAGAAUCACGUCAAUAUCUCCAAUGUCAAAGUCGCCACGACUAAAAAUAUAUUUUUUUUAAAAACAAACUUACAAAGGGGGUUAAUUUUGUUUGUUCAUUUCAAAAGUUCAGUUUGAGUUUUCUCCCUUUAUCAGAUUUUUUUUCACAAUGAAAACCUGGUUUUGUGACAAUUUUGUCCCUUGUUAUUAUUGUUUUUCUAAUGCUUUUAUUUUUAUUGAUUUCAAUAUUAAAAGUUUUUUAAGUGAAAUUAUGAGAGUGUGGCUCAAACAUUAAAUUUGCAUUUAGAAAUAAAUUUCUUAAAUUUGUGGUUUGUGUUGUUUUUUUGCAAAGGUUAUUUAUAUAACAAAAUUAAGUUUUUUCACCAAUUAUGGACUGUCUUUAGGUUAUUUUCAUCAACAGAGUAUCAAAAUAUGAUGUAAUAAUGUAUAUUUUUGUAAUGUCGUGGUUACAGUUAAUUCAGGUUUUAGUUGCAUAAUUGAGUGGUUCUUGAAUAUAUUUUAAGACUUUGACCUAAUUUCCCGUAUUCUAAACUUUAUAUGUAUGUUUACAUAUCGUUAUUUCCAGUUUUAUUUUGUAAUUUUCAUAAUGAGCAAAUAUUUGGUCAUAAUGUUUGCAGAUUUGUAAAUAUUAUAUGACCUUGCAUGUUUACUACGGAAGUAAUCAAUUUUAAUAUUCUUUUAAAUAGCCUAUAUAAAAUCUGGAAAACCAUUCCAAAGUUACAUAUAAUAAACCAAUUGAAAAACAUGUUCAAGGUUUCUAUAAUUUUCAUUUUUGUGCCAUUUGGUAAAAGCCAAAGACAAGGCCAUGAAUAAAUUAAUUUUUUUUCAAUGAAAGUCAAUUUGAUACACUUUAUGUAUUUUUUUUAAUUAAACUAUAAUUAUAUAUUAUUCUUUUUGUAACAUCAUACAUGCACAAAUGUUAUUUUGUGAAUAAUUGAAAUAAAACAACAUAACCUGUACAUUGUUAUUGUUUUGUGAUGUUUUCUUUUAAGCUUCCUACAUUUUAUUUUUUUAACUUGUACAUGUAAACAAGAUGUUGAUGCCAAGAUGUAAUUACAUGUAUAUAGAGCAGGUCCGUAUUACUGUAUAUUCCCUCUUAAAUGACACCCACCCUAAGACUCUCUUCUAAUUGUUUUGAUGAUGCGCAAAUCUUGCAUCCUAAAUGAUGCCUUCACUUUGAUGUAAAUUUUAAUGUAAGUCCUCCUGUUUGGCUGCUUCAUAGUCACAGUAAGAUGGAUUUCCUUAUGCUUACACAAAUGACUUCACAGUCAAUAAGUAGACUCCUAUUAGAGGGUUCCCAUAGAGAAAAUGUGAAACCCCCAGGGGUAUUUAGCUUGAAAUUCAUUUGGUAUCCCAGAUAGAACUGGUGUCGUAUUCCAUAAACAUCUUUAGUUAUUUAUAAUUCUUUAUUAUCAUGAAAUCAGCAUUUUUGUGAGUUUAUACACAUGUAUAUUUGUGUACACAAAACUUAAGUGUUAAGGAAAUUACUGUUUUCUGUACUAUGUAGUGUUUCACAUUGUUUUGAUAGUGAUUAAUCUAUAGAAUUAUUUGUUUUUCUCUGAAUUGAACAUUUGUCAAAAUAAACUCAAGAUGUCUUUGGAGUACAAACCUGUUAUUUUUCAAGCCAGACAUUGUUUGUUAAUGCUCCUCUUAAUGAGCAUUGUCUGUUCAUCAAUUUGCCUUUAAAAAGUGUUCAAUUUUAUGACUAUAGCUUCAGUUACUAUUUUCAAGUGUGGUGCACACUUCAAUUAAUAUUGUAUUGAUUUUGAAAUGCCCAUAUUUUGAAAUCGGCUUGUAGAAUUUUUAUGUACAAAAUCACUUCUUCUGUAGGUUUAAAGAGUUUCUUUAUCUUUAUAAUUGAUGACAUUUUCUAUAUUUGUAAAAAAAUCCUUAAGUCUGUAAGGUGUUUUUUUUUUCAUUUUGUGCUUGAGGACACUUUUUAUAAGCAGGCUCAAGAGUUUUAUUUCCAUUCCAAUUAUUUUAGUUUCCUAUUUUAUUGUUUUACCAUGAUAUGUUAGACAACAUACAAUUGUUUAUUCUUCACAUGUAUCAUGCAAUAAGAUGAUAAUUUUUUAAAGUCUUUUUUUUUUAUGACAAUUUUGCAUUGGAAAUUCUUUUUAAGUACUUAAAGAUAAAACAAAAAUGUUAUAAAAACAAAUACUCAAAAAUACAAAUAUAAGGUUUUUAAAUGUUAUCGUAUAAGUUCUACACAAAAAUAGUAUUGCUGAGGGCAUCAGUGGAAACAUGUAAAUGAAGUAUUUAAAUAAUUGGAAUAAGCACAAGUGUUGGUACAAUAAUUUUAAUUGGAUUAUAUAGUUUGCAAAGCAGCUGCAUCAUUUGUGCAAAUUUGAUAAAAAAUGAACUGCAAAAGCUAAGUGUACCUGUGGGUAAAAUGAUGAUAAUUUGUACCAGAGAAAUUAUGUUAUGAUUUAUUCUAUAAAUAUGACAAGUAAUGGAAUGCUGGCAUUUCCAUUUACUUCAUGAAUGGCAUACUACCAUACUUAUAAUGGAUUAAUAAGCAGAAUUUAUUUUUCAGGAGCUUUUUUUGCAAUAAACGUGUGCUGUUAACAGGCUGUUUUUGUUACUGAAAAUUGAUAAAACACUUCUUGCCAUUAUAGUGCAUUUCUAUGAUCAUACAGAUGAAUGUUUUCACAGUAGGUGAUAUUCAAACAUAAAAGCAAGACAAGAAAACAAGAUAAUUUGUAAGGAUAAUUUAAAAUGUUGACUCAAUCAACACAAUCGCGUGUCACUUUAAUAAAUAUUAUGUGUUUUGACAAUAAAAAUAAAUGUUGAAUGAACAUAUGAACCUACAAUGAAGUUUUCUGUUAUAAAGGUCAUCAUUGGAACCAACAAAAUAUGUUUGCACUACACUAUACUAUAAUUAAGCAUAGUGGAUACGCGUUUACAUUUUGCAGAAAAGUAGCCCGUUUUAAAAAAAAAAAUUUGUAUAAUUUAAAUCAGAGUCACAUUGUGCUCUAUCUAGUUGUUGUGAUUUUUCCAUUAUGUCUGUCUUUAAAAUUGUAAGAUGUAAAAAACAGUCUACAAGGAUGUAAUGGGUAUUGUCGCCUUUCUUUAACAUGAAUUACUUACACUUGUAAUUCAAAGUUCUGUGAUCUUAUAUGCAGGACAUUUGUUUAUAUCAGAUAGAUAUAUUCAAACAAUUGGUACCAUUGUUAAUUAGCAAUAUUUGUUCUGUUACCAGAUUAUUUUUUAGAGAGUUAUUGAGUAUCUUGCACCAAUUUUCUAAUGAGAAAAGUAAGAAAUAAGAAAUAUCAAUUAUAACAAUAAAUUUACGUAUUUAGUGUACAAUAUUCAAUAAUUAAUUUAGUGCUUUUACGUUUUAUUAUUAGGUGCUCUCAGUACCAACAUUUGCUUAAAACCACAUGUAUAAAUGGACUUAAGUGUGUUGUUUUCAUAUUUAAAACAGUAAGGCUUCAUUUUUACUGCCACCCAUUAUAAAAGGUUUGAGAAAAAGUGACAUUUUAUUUGAUUGACAAUUAUUAUGUUCAUUAUAUAAAAAGGCAUGAACAUUGACAUUAAAUAGAACAGAAAAGCAGAAAUAAACACAUGAUCAUUGUUUGUUCUUAUCAUGUAUGCUUCUUUUACACUUGUAUCAUUACUCAAAUUACUCAUACAAUAUUUUGAUAAACGUCAUGGGGAAAAUGUGUUCUAUGCCAUACGUGGCCAUCAUAGCUCAUAAUGCAUAAUACUUGCUUAAAAUUCAAUGUCCUGUUAAUGUUUAAAUGGGUGGAUCAAGUGAAGCUUCACUGUAGUGUUUUAUAUCAUAGAGUGAAAAGAAUUUACUCUACUUAACAAUAAUGUUGUGUAUCUAUAUUUGACUUAUAUCCAUUCAUACUACUAUUGUAAAAAUACUGAUGAUUGUAUAUGUAAAUGAUAAUACAUUUCUACUUAAUUA